AUGCCCAUUCCCUCCUAUACCAACUUCCAAGGUGUGAUAUCUGAGAGCCUGUGCCAACUUCGUUUUCUGACAUCGCUAAGGAUAACUGGAGUAACAAGAGGUAUUACCAUUCCUUCUUGUUUGGGAAAUCUUUCUUAUAUUGAUUCUUUGGAUUUGUCUUAUAAUAGCUUUAGUGGGAUGAUUCCCCCCUUCAUUUGUCUGCUCACCCGCCUUGAAAGCCUAGAUCUUUCAGCUAGCAACUUCAAUGGAAACAUACCUUCCUGCCUUGGCAAUCUUGGUUCUUUAACUGACCUUUCCCUAGGUAUCAACCAACUUAGUGGAAGCAUACCGGCUUUUCUUGGGAGUCUCUCCUCGUUGAGGAGUUUAGAUCUUGAUCACAAUCAACUGAGCGGUACCAUUCCGGAUUCUUUAGGCAAUAUCUCUUUGCUCGAGUAUUUGGAUGUUAGUAAUAACCAGCUAAGUGGGACCAUUCCCCCUUCAUUUGCUCAGCUUUCCUCCCUGACUUCCUUGUAUGCUGAUGGCAAUCGUUUCAAUGAAACCAUCUCUUCUUUGUCACUUCCACCUUCUUUAGUUGAACUGUCCUUGUCAUUAAACCAUUCUCUGACGAUUUCAGAAACUCUUUUUCAUAAGCUUGGAAGCCUAAAUUAUCUAUAUUUAUCUGACUGUGUGCUAAAUAUUAGCACAACCUGGAUUCCACCUUUUCAAUUACAUCAGUUAUCCAUAAUGUCAUGUAUGAUUGACGGCGAAUUUCCACCCUGGAUUUCAACACAAUUCUCACUUUAUGUUUUGAAAAUAACCAACGCCAGUCUUGUGGGGGUAAUUCCCUCUUGGCUAUGGGAAACCAGUCCUAUGCUUGGAUCUCUAAAUCUGUCUAGAAAUCAUCUAGAAGGAAGCCUAUCCUCAAGUACUGCAACAUGGAUGCAACUUAUAAUUCUAGAUGUGUCUAGAAAUGGAUUGAGUGGGUGUAUACAAUCAAUGUGGCCCUCUAAUAUUUCAAAAUUGUUACUUAAUGACAAUUUGUUUAGUGGCAAUAUUCCUCCAAGCUUGGAAAAGUUAUCUGAACUUGAGUUGUUAAAUCUUGCAAACAAUUUGUUUAGUGGAAAUAUUCCUCCAAACCUGGGCAAAUUAUCUGGACUCACAAUGUUAAAUCUUGCAAACAACAACAUGGUGGGAGUGAUACCUGCGAGCUUGUCCAAUUGUUCUUCUCUUGUUGUCCUAAAUUUGGGAAAUAAUAGUUUGGAGGGAAGCUUACCACAUGAGUUCAGUAAGCUAAGUAAAUUAUACUCAUUAGCUGUUCCCAAUAAUAAUUUGAAUGGAUCACUUCCUCUUUCAAUAGAAAAUUGUUCAAAGUUGCAGGUUCUUGAUAUUGGGAACAAUUUAUUUGAUGGGGAAAUACCAACAUUAAUUGGAAAUCUUUCAAAGUUAAGAGUAUUGGUGAUGAAGCAGAACAAUUUUACUGCCGCUAGUGUUAGUGCUUUAAGUUCAGUUGAAGAGGUAAAGGCCCUCAAGGAUGAAGUAGCAAGGUUGAAAGAUGAGCUCAAAAGGAGAAAAGAGCUUGUAAAAAGGUCGAUAGAUGAUGGAGAGAAAAGAGUCAGUAAUUUUCUUAAGGAGUAUAAGGUGGUGACACUCCUCCCUUCUCCUUGUCCUAUUUCUAGUAGUAGUUUUACUUCUCUUGCUCCUUCGUCUUCCAAGUCAUUGUCUUCUAAUGCUUCAAGUUUAGUAUAA